AUGGGUAAGAAAAGACAUGAAUGUUGUUGUGAUCAUAAAUUAUCAGUUUUCUUCGGUGGUAAGAACACGAAAGAGUUAAAAGGAAUAAAAUCGAAAGACGUUAAGGGAUGGUUGAAGAAUAGAUUUUCUUACAAUUUUGUACAUGUCAGAAAGGAUCCUGAUUGGUGGUAUGGAGUUGUGCACUUUGAAAAUGAUGAUAAUAAAACUAGAUUUUACAAUUUUGUGAGAAACCAAAAAUUUAUCGGACCUCUAAGUAAAACAAUCAUGUUCGCAGAAGCCUGUCCAAAAAGUGAAGAUUAUGAUGAUUAUGAUGAAUAUGAUGAUGAUGAUGAAAUGGAUGAUCUCUGUUUAAUUGUAGAUAUUUUUAUUUUUAAUGUGAAAAAUCUCUCUGUUGAUGUAAAUAUUAAUAAUACGAAACUCAUAUUUGUCAAAUUUGAGUAUGAUUUACCCAAAGAUUUAGAGGGAUCUCAUUGCCUAUUAAGAGAAGCAGUUUUUCCUGACAAGGAAGUUAUUCUAAAUCUGGAAUUACCCAAAAGGCAAGUUUAUAUAUUAAAUUAG